UAUUUUUAGUAUCAUCAUUGUUAUCAUUAUUAUUUGCUUUUGGAGCUUCAAACCAAAAGUAUAAUUCCCAGAAAACACAAAACAAUGGCUAUGAAAGAGCAAUGGAGUGGAUUCAUGAAGAAAGUCAACAACCAAUUCUCAUCAUCUGGGAAUUUCAAGGGCCAAGGUCGAGUCUUGGGUUCUUCUUCAUCUGGACCUGUUAACCCUAUCCUCCCCUGUCCCUCCCAAACUCGAUCUCUUUCUCCAAAGCCUGUUCCUCAAUCAUCAUCAUCUUCUUCGAAUUCUAAGCCUUCUUUGCCCUCGAAACCUAUAAAUUCCGAUCAGAACAAGCCCGUUUCCACCGAUGAUAUCAAACCGACUCGGAAACCGGAAAACGGGUUUGAUCCUUACGGUUCAUUGAUCACUUCUAGCAAGGUAUCCAAAAACGGGUUCAUCUUGGAUAUGUUGGAGUGUCCAAUUUGUGGUGUUCCUUAUAGGACCGAAGAGGAAGUAUCUGAACAUGUAGAGAUUUGUGUUAACACUAAUCCUUCCGAUAGGAAAGGCGGUGAUACUGAUACGGAAUUGAACAGGAAUGAGUUCGAAGAUUUGUCGAGGGAUGAAUUGGAGGUUCGUGUUGGUUCCUAUCUUUCGGGAAACCCACCGGAAGGGUCGGUUCAGGUUGUUCUUAGGUUGUUGAGGAACAUAUUUAAGGAGCCUGGGAGUGACAAGUUUAGGAAGAUCCGGAUGAGUAAUCCGAAGAUAAGGGAAGCUAUCGGUGAGAUCUCAGGAGGAGUGGAGCUCGUGGAACAUGUUGGAUUUGUCUUGAAGGAAGAAGGAGGAGAAAUGUUUGCAGUCAUGGAUGUUCCAAGAAAGGAGAGGAUUACUUUGAUUAAACGGGCGAUAACAUUGUUGGAACCGGGCAAGACGGAUGAUGUUAAGACCAGUGAUAGCGAGAAAGAGGAAAAGGUUGAGCCAAAGAAGAUUGACAGACAGAUCCGGGUCUUCUUCUCUGUACCCGAGAGUGUAGCAGCGAAAAUCGAGCUACCGGAUUCUUUCUAUAACUUAUCAGCCGACGAGUUGAAAAGAGAAUCAGAAUUGAGACAGAAAAAGAUUGCAGAAUCCCAGCUCUUGAUCCCUAAAUCUUACAAGGAAAAGCAGGCAAAAGCAGCCCGGAGGAAGUAUAGAAGAACAAUGAUUCGCAUCCAGUUUCCCGACGGAGUCGUUCUUCAAGCCGUUUUCUCCCCCUGGGAGCCAACUAGCUCUCUCUACGAGUUUGUUAGCUCUUCACUGAAAGAACCCUGCUUGGAGUUUGAGCUAUUAGAUCCGGUACUGGUUAAGCGACGAGUGAUCCCUUCGUUUCCAGCAGCCGGCCAGAAACCUCGGACGCUAGAUGACGAGGGGUUGGUCCCUUCCGCACUUAUCAAGUUCAAGCCUAUCGAAACCGAUUCCGUCGUCUUCACAGGGCUUUCGAAUGAACUCUUGGAAAUGAGUGAACCCCUGUAACCAAUUGAAACAUAUGGGUCUAACCAUAUUAUAAAAUAUGAGAGU